AAAUACAAGUAGAAGCUGGCUAUACCAAAUAUUCACUCAAGGCCAUGGACAUUCUUACAUACCCUUUUCGUCAAUUUCUCUCAAUGUUGCUACUAAUUUUCUCACUUCAUGUCUCUGCAAUUCAAUUGAAGAUGAUCCCAAGGCUUGGGGCACUUAGGAAACAUAGCAGAGGUGAACUACUUCAAAGUAGCAUAAACUCUGAAUCUGCAGCUUCAAAAGAUUUUGUUACAUUUUUUUACCCCCAAACACUUGACCACUUCAACUAUAAGCCUGAAAGCUAUACCACUUUCAAGCAAAGAUAUGUGAUCAAUUUUAAAUAUUGGAGUGGUCCAAACACUAGUGCACCAAUCUUUGCAUUCUUUGGUGCAGAAGAGAAUAUAGAUGAUGAUAUUGAUGGUAUUGGUUUCCUUAUUGAUAAUGCUUCUCGUUUCAAGGCUCUCCUUGUUUAUAUUGAGCAUCGUUACUAUGGGAAAUCGAUACCAUUUGGAUCGAGUAAAGAAGCCCUAAGAAAUGCUAGUUCUCUUGGUUAUUUCAACUCAGCUCAAGCCAUAGCAGAUUAUGCUGCUAUUAUUAUGCAUGCCAAGAAAAAGUAUUCUGCGAAUAAUUCUCCUGUAAUUGUGAUUGGUGGAUCCUAUGGUGGAAUGCUAGCCUCAUGGUUUAGGUUAAAAUAUCCCCAUGUUGCUCUUGGUGCUCUGGCUUCAUCAGCUCCAAUCCUCUACUUUGAUGAUAUUGCCCCACAAAAUGGUUACUAUUCUAUUGUGACCAAGGAUUUUAAAGAAACUAGUGAGAGUUGCUACAAUACCAUACGCAAAUCAUGGGCAGAAAUUGAAGAAGUAGCUUCCAAGCCAAAUGGUCUUUCAAUCCUCAGCAAGAAAUUCAAGACUUGCACUCCAUUGAAGAGAACUUUUGAGCUCAAGGAUUACUUAGACUCGAUAUAUUCUGAAGCAGCUCAAUAUAAUGAUCCACCAAACUACCCCGUUACCAUUGUGUGUGGUGGAAUUGAUGGAGCACCAAAAGGAACUGAUAUUCUUAGCAGAAUUUUUGCUGGAGUUGUUGCUUAUAUGGGAAACAAUUCAUGCUAUGAUAUGGAUGAAUUUUAUGACCCUACUCGAGAAGAAUCUAUUGCAUGGAGAUGGCAGACAUGCAGUGAGUUGGUGAUGCCCAUAGGCCAUGAUAGAAAUACUAUGUUCCCACCAGCACCAUUCGAUUUAAAAAACUACAUAAAGGAAUGCAAGAGCUUGUUUGGUGUCCUACCUCAGCCUCACUGGGUCAAAACCUAUUAUGGAGGCCAUGAUUUGAAAUUGAUUCUUCAUAGGUUUGCUAGUAACAUCAUCUUCUCAAAUGGACUCAGAGAUCCUUAUAGCGGUGGCGGAGUGUUGGAGAAGAUAUCAGAUAGUAUUGUUGCACUCUCUACUGUUAAUGGAUCUCAUUGCUUAGAUAUUCAACGAGAGAAGCCAAGUGAUCCGCAAUGGUUGGUGAUGCAACGAAAAUCUGAGGUGGAGGUAAUCCAAGGCUGGAUUUCCAAUUACUACACUGAUCUUCUUCAGCUCAAAGAUGGAACUAGCAGUACUUGACAAUGCUAUCUCUAGCUCUAGUUGUGCAAGUAUAGUACAACUAUGACCUUGGGUGUAUUAAAUUAAUUGUAAGGAUCGAUCAUGGCUUAUGGCUCUAUACAUAAUUAAUCUUACCUAUUUCAUUAGUACAUUAUUGAUGGAUAUGGACAUAACAUAAAAGAUAAAGGGCACAAUAUGAAUGAAUAUGUAGCAAAGCCUUUUGGUGCAUGUCACCCAUUAUUAAGGACCACUUUGUCUGCCAUUAAGGGUAACAUAU